AUUUUUAUUAUUUUUUCAAAAUUUAAAUAUUUAAUAUGAUGCGAACUUGAUUAUCAGUCAAUUUAUGAACGUGAAAGUGGAAAGAUGGGUUUCAUAGUAGCUCUAGUUUUAAUAGCAAUUGCUUGGUAUCUGCUUGAUAGAUACUUUUUAAGCUAUUGGAAAAGAAAUGGAUUUAAGCAACUUGAUGCUACAUUUCUUUUUGGAAACAGUCGGAAGUUAAUAACACAGUCUGCGUCAUUUUAUGAAAUUUUCGAUGAAUUUUACUACAAAAGUAAAGGUGAGAAAUUUAUUGGAACUUACAACCUUUACAAGCCAUCUCUACUUGUCACUGAUCCACAAAUGAUCCAUGACAUAUUCAUUAAGGAUUUUGGAUAUUUUCACGAUCAUGCAAUAUCAUUUGAUACAGAAAAUGAUCCUUUAUCUGGAUUUUUAUUCAGUAUGACUGGACAGAAAUGGAGAGAUUUGCGCGUUAGACUUUCUAAAACAUUUACAUCUGGAAAGUUGAGAUGGAUGUUCCCAGUCAUGAAACAAAACUCAGAUGUCCUUGUUAAUUACAUUCAGAAGGGUUUGGAUACCAAUGAGCCAGUUUUUGGGUUCAGCGAACUAUUCAGACGUUACAAUGCAAAUUUGAUAUCAUCUGUUGCAUUUGGAAUUGACAAUGACUGCAUUAAUAAUCCAAAUAAUGAUUUCUACAAAUUUGGAGUUAAGAAUUUUGAAAAUAAUUUUAGAAAUAAUGUGAAGCAAUUUCUAUUCACAUUCAUGCCAAGAUUAAUGUCCAUUUUUAAGAUCAAAUUUGCACCCGAAGAUGUGAAUGAAUUCUUUUUGAAAAUAGUUCGUGAAAUUGUCGAUUAUAGAGAGAAAAAUAAUUAUAAUCGUAAUGACUUUAUGGACCUAUUGAUUCAAUUAAAAAAUCAAGGUUACGUGCCGGCUGAUAAAGAUGUUGUGGAUGACGAUGAAAAAGAAACGUUUGAAAAUGAAACAGAACCGAAAACUAUGCAAAAAUUGACAUUUAAUGAACUCGCUGCACAAGCUUUUGUGUUCUUUCUUGCGGCUUUUGAAACUAACAGCGCAGCUAUGACUUUCUGUCUUAUUGAAUUAGCAAGGAAUCCAAAAAUCCAGAAAAAGUUGCAAGAUGAACUUGAUGAAGUCUAUAAAACACAGGAUAUAACUUACGAAUCGUUGAUAAAUUUGAAAUAUUUAGAGUGCUGUAUGCUCGAAGCUUUGAGGAAAUAUCCACCAGUUCCAAUUUUAUUCAGAGAAUGCACAAAGGAUUAUAAAAUUCCAAAUACUGAUUUAGUUGUUCGUAAAGGAACAGACGUUAAAAUUCCAAUCAUGUCACUUCACCGAGAUCCAGAAAUCUAUGAUAAUCCACAUGAUUUUAUUCCUGAAAGGUUUUUGGAUUCGGCUACAGGAAACUCUAAACUGGACAAUCAGAAAAGUGCCAUUUUCUUCUCGCCUUUUGGUGACGGUCCAAGACAUUGUAUUGGGAUGAGAAUGGCAAGAGUAAGCUCCAAACUUAUCAUUGCAGCACUAUUGUCCAAGUAUACAUUUUCUCUUGAAGAUCAACGACUCAAUCAUGAAGAUGUCAAUUUUGAUAUCAAAAGUUUUCCACUCAGACCUGAUCAUGAUGUCCAAUUGAGAGCUACACUUCGUAAAAAUUAAAGUUUUCAAACUUUUUCACAAUCUGCGUUAAAUGUUUCUCUACAACUGCUGCCACCUGUUGUCUGGAUUGCCAAUAAAGUUCGUCUGCUUUUUACAUAUUUGAACUUUUUAACCUUAAAAGUACUUUACAUCCUGAAAGUGCAUGAUAGUCUAUAGAACACUCUUAAUCUUAAAAAUUUGUGUAAACAACUUUAAGCAUCCAAAAUUAUAGAGGUGAAAAAUAAAGACUUUUAUUGGCUAUAAUAAUUAAACUUAGCUUUUUGGUUCAUGAAGUUUUUGAUAUUUUACAUUUUUUACAAGAAACCAGGUUGAUUUCUCUGAUAUACCCUAAAUAAGUGCUACUCAAGCAUUGUAAAUAAGACUUACGGUAUAUCCGAGAAAUCUGACCCAGUGACCUUUUCAGGACUAAUCCUUUUUGCACUAUUUCUUAAUAUUUGUUAAAUCCACAGAUAAAUUUCCUGACUGUCUAUGGACGAUUUGGCGAUAGUUGAUUGAGAAUCAAAUUUUAAAAAAAAUUAAUAACCUCCAAUAUUCUCAUAAUUUGGAUGUGCCUUAACAAGUGUUGCUCUAGGAAUAAUUGUCGGUGGUUUUGUAAUCUCUGAAUAAGGAUCGAAUAAUGUUGCUUGGUUGACAACUGGAAGUUGAUCAGUUGACUGCAAUUCUGCAUAUAUACUUGAAUGUGUGUUACUUUGUAAUCGACUUCUAGGCUCAACGGAACUUUCAUGAAUGUCAGUCACUUGACUAUGAUUAUUGCUCUCUUCCCUCCUCUCAAUUAUCACUUGCUCUUGCUUUUCAUUUGCUAUAAAUGCAAAAUAACUUUGGUGCUUUAACAAUUCAUUCUGAAUUUGAAGUAAGGACUUGCCGUAAGUAUUUGGCACAUGAAGAAUGUAUAUUAUGCUUGUUACAACUAAAACAACAAUUGAUGCAAUCACAAAUGGAAUGAAAUAGUCGUCAGUGUAUGUCAAUAAGUUUGUCUGUAUGUGUGCAUCAAAAUGCCACUGCUGAAGUGAAGCUAUUGUUAUAAUUUCUAUAAAAUAUCCGGCUGCAAGAAUAAUUUCGUUGUAUCGUAUCUUUGACAUUUCAAGCAACACAAUGUCAGGUACAAAAAUAGAUAAAGCCAUUGCAGCAUAAAAUAUCCAUAAACAUAUUGCAACACCCGUUGGUGGAAGUUCGCCGUAAAAUAUUAUUGACACACCUAUGGCAAUUACAGCAACAAUUGAUGUGCCAACAUAAACUUUGACACUAUGCACGAAUCUCAUAAAAAGACAUCCAAUGAAUGCUUCAGCAAUCAUCAGCCACAAUCCCAUUCCAUGGACAUAAUCAACUUUUGUGAAGCUUGCAAACGCUGAAUUCAUGGAAUAAAUCAUAAGGAAGUAGUUGAAAAGUAUGGCACCAUGAAGCUUUCCAAGCAGCACGUAAAUCGUCCAUAAAGCAUUAAAGUAGCUGUUUCUUUUGGUACCAGAAUUAAGAUUCUCAGCUGAUUUCCACAUACCAGCUGUUGUCAUUGUCGUGUUCCUCUCAAUUGUGACUUCAUUCUUUGAGAAUAAUUUACAGUAGUUAUUAGCAAUAUUAUUGUCAUUAUCCAAACAGUCACGAUAAUUAUAUAGAAGACCUUGACGUUGUAGAAAUUCAUUGACCAUCAAAAAUAAUAGGAAUAUUGCUGUUGAUCCAAUUAUUGAGUAGCCAUAAAUUUGAUAAAAUUCUGUCAGCUUCUCAUCAACAUUUGAUGUCUCAUCAAGGUUAUAAAAUAAGAGUAAAUAAAUUGUAAAUGUUCCUGAAAAACCAAACAACUUCCACAUGUGACAUAUGGCUAUUCUCAUAGGACGCUCAUGUUUAAUUGUUCGAAUGUUUACGUAUGACAGUCCUGCGAUUAUUGUUAUUCCACUUGCGACGACAGUCAUGAAUAGUCCGAUUUCAG